CAAUGGCAGAGUACCUGUCUGUGGCGUGUAUGUUUGCAAAGGCGUUAAAUCUAGUCCUAUUUUACCAAAUCAGCGUUCCAUAUGCAUUUGUAUAUUGUAUAUUUUGUCUUUUACAUUUUGUAUUUCUACCAAUGCCAGUUUAUAAAGGUCCAGAAUUUGUGACAUACUUCCGAGGGCCUCAUUUAAAGAAUGAGAUAGCUCGAGACAAACGUGUUACUUGGAUUAUAUGUUUCUAUGCCGCCUGGUCUCCACCAUGUGUAAAUUUAGCUCCAAUAUUUGCUGAGCUUUCUUCAGAAUAUAAUUUAGAUAAUUUACAGUUUGGAAAGCUAGAUGUAAGCAAGUUUGCUGAAGAGGCUGCAGAGUACAGAGUGAACACAUCAUCAUUUUCCAAGCAAUUGCCCACUCUAAUACUGUUCCAAGAUGGGAAGGAAAAGAUGAGAAGGCCAGCUAUGAGUGGCAAAGGAACUGUUGUCAAAUAUGUAUUUACCAAGCAAAAUAUCAUCAAUGACUUUGAACUUAAUGAAGUGUAUAGUCAAUGUAAGAAAGUCUUACCAAAGGCAAAGAAAGACAAAGAUGUACAACAAGAAAAGAAAGAAAAUUGAUGUGACAAAAUAAACUAAAUGUUUGUCCGGUUUGUUGGUGAAAAUCUCAUAUGCCAUAAUCAUCAACUUAGUGCAGUAACGGGUUAGUGCCUUCUAAAUUAAAUAGGAGUUAACCAGUUUUUGCAC